GCUGCCACUGCAGCAGUCAGAGUGGCGGCCAGAGGCUCGGUCCAUGCUGUGCUCCCUGGACGGUGUUAGUGAGGCUGAGCAAGAGGCCUCAGUGUCUCGACACCUAAGAUUGCAAGGACGGAGCGUCACCACGUCGGAGGACCAUGUUGCGCCGCAAACCCUCCAACGCCAGUGAUAAGGAGCCCACUCAGAAGAGAAAGCUCUCACUCCAGCGCUCCAGCAGCUUCAAGGAUUUUGCCAAAUCCAAACCCAGCUCCCCCGUGGUGAGCGAGAAGGAAUUUAACCUGGAUGAUAAUAUUCCAGAAGAUGACUCAGGUGUCCCUAUCCCAGAAGAUGCCGGGAAGAGUGGCAAAAAGCUGGGGAAGAAGUGGAGGGCCGUGAUUUCCCGAACCAUGAACAGGAAGAUGGGCAAGAUGAUGGUGAAGGCCCUGUCAGAAGAGAUGGGAGACACUCUGGAGGAGGGCUCAGCCUCCCCGACUUCGCCAGACUGCAGCCUGGACAGCCCCAGCCCUGAGAAGAUGGCACUGGCCUUUUCUGAGCAGGAGCAGGAGCUUCCGGCACUUAGCCGCCAGGCAUCCACAGGCAGUGAGCUCUGCAGCCCCAGCCCAGGCUCUGGCAGCUUCGGAGAGGAACCACCUGCCCCACAGUACACAGGGCCCUUCUGUGGCAGGGCACGAGUCCACACCGACUUCACUCCCAGCCCCUAUGACCAUGACUCGCUGAAACUGCAGAAAGGAGAUGUGAUCCAGAUCAUUGAAAAGCCACCUGUGGGCACAUGGUUGGGCCUGCUCAACGGCAGGCUGGGAUCUUUCAAGUUCAUCUAUGUGGAUGUGCUGCCUGAGGAGGCCGCAGGACCUGCCCGCCCCACCCGCCGACAAAGCAAGGGCAAGAGGCCCAAGCCCAAGACUCUGCAUGAGCUACUGGAGCGCAUAGGCCUGGAGGAGCACACGUCCACCCUGCUGCUCAAUGGCUACCAGACACUGGAGGACUUCAAAGAGCUGCGGGAAACACACCUCAAUGAGCUGAACAUCAUGGACCCACAGCACCGGGCCAAGCUGCUCACGGCCGCCGAGCUGCUGCUGGACUAUGACACCGGCAGCGAGGAGGCGGAAGAGGGCACCGAGAGCAGCCAGGAGCCAGCGGCAAACACAGUGUCUGAACCCAAGGUGGACAUUCCUCGAGACUCUGGCUGCUUCGAGGGCUCAGAGAGCGGGCGUGAUGAGACGGAGCUGGCGGGCCCUGAGGAGCAGCUGCAGGGCCUCUCCCUGGCUGGGGCGCCUUGAGGCAGAGGCGGCGGCACAGGCCGAGGCUGGGCCCCAGCGGCAAACACUGGGGAUGGGCCUGGCCUCCCACAGAGGCCCAGACCCCAGAGGACUGGUGCCGAGUCUGGCCCUGCUCCCCUAGCGGUGCCCAGGGCUGCGGAGGCCAGCCAAGGCCCUCCCUGUAGGCUUGGCUGGAGUGGAUGCGGAGCCACCCAAGGGCAUGUCCCACCCACCCAGUCCCCUCCCUCCACC